AUGGCCUCGAACACGAAGCAAGAGUCCCCCGAGAAUGCCGCGCAGACCCCUCUGCAAUUGAUCUCUCAGGGAGUUUGCCUUCCAGGAAUUCCUCAGCAUCCAACUUUCACUGCCCAAAGGCAAUGGAUCCUGGAGCAGAUGGCACUUGCCUUUCGCGUCUUCGCACGAAAGGAUUAUACGGACGGUAUGGCCGGCCACAUUUCGGUUCGGGACCCAGAGAACCCGCACACAUUUUGGACAAACCCACUAGCAGUGCACUUUGGGGUAUUGAAGGCGAGUGACAUGAUCCUGGUCAACUAUGAGGGCAUGCCGAUCGGUGGAAACACGAGACGGCCAGCAAACGCUGCGGGGUUUAUAAUCCACAGUGCUGUACACAAGGCUCGACCGGAUGUCGAAGCUGCCUGUCACACUCAUAGUCCGCAUGGAAUGGCAUGGAGCGCUUUCGGAAGACCUCUGGAAAUGUUGACCCAAGACGCUGCGUACCUCUAUGGCGACGCACAAGCCGUCUAUCAGGAUUUCGGAGGUGUUGUACUCACCGAGGAAGAAGGCAAUCGGAUUGGUGCUGCUCUAGGCGCAAAGGGCAAGGGCAUGGUACUACAAAAUCAUGGCCUUUUGACGGUUGGCUCGACCGUCUCGGAGGCAUGCUUCUUGAUGACCUUGAUGGAGCGCGCCUGUCAGUGUCAGUUACUCGCUGAGGCGGCGGCAGCGAAUGGGCUGCCAAAGGUCUUUAUACCAGACGAGAGCGCAAAGUAUACAUUUGAGAACUCGAGCGACCCUGAAACGCUCUUUUGGGAGGGGCAGCCAGACUUAGAAUUCGAGGCAUACAUGUGCAAAGGCGAGCAUCGAAAUUGA